AUGGCUGCUCCAACUACUUUGCCAGCCUUGCUGGCCUCAUUGACGCAGUCACUAUCGCUGACCCAAGAAGCAGCACCCAAGAUUGCCACCAUCGACCACCCCAAAGAUGGCAUUUCGUUGCUCGACGUCAAAAAUGAGCUGUUGCUGUCAUAUUUACAGAACCUCGUCUUCCUCAUCCUCCUCAAACUGCGCAAUGCAAAGUCCGAUUCCGAAGACAGCAGCGAAUUAGACGAAUCCGUUCGUGCAAAGCUCGUCCAGUUGCGCCUGUAUCUGGAGAAGGGCGCCAGGCCAUUGGAAGAGAAGCUAAAGUUCUCCAUUGAACGAUUCUUACGAACGGCCCAAGAUUCUCAGCGUGAAGAGAAAUCCAAAGAGCAACAAUCAAAAUCCAAAAGCGACGAGAAUUCAGAUGACGAAUCUGCAUCAGACGAGGAAGAGUCCGGUGAAGAUGGCAACCUACAAGGGCGGCUACCGAUUAGAAAAGGCAACAUGGCCGCAGCUCCCAAUCUGGGAACCAUGGUGGAUGAGGUAUCUGUUAGCCGUGGAGAUCGCGAAGACGGACCAGCUGGAAUCUACAGACCGCCUAAACGAGAUCGCGCCCUCAUGGAUUCCGCACGGCCUCGUGAAAAGGCCGAGCGCAGGGCACAAAAGUCAUUCACCAUGGAGGAAUUCGUCAACGACGAAUUUUCUACGGCCCCAAUGGCAGAACCUAGCAUCGGUACAACUAUCGUUCAGGGCGGUCGUAAGAUGAAGACUGCCGCGGAGCGCAAGGAUGAGGACGAGCGUCGCGAAUACGAAGAAACCAACUUUACCCGUCUUCCCAAGGAAAGCAAGAAGGAGCGCGCCAAGAAGGCCAAGGCAGCGGGUCAUAGUGGCCGGAUGCAGUUUGGUGGUGAGGAAUGGCACAACUUGGGAGAGGGCGUUGAUCGAAUUGACCGCUUGACCAAACGUAAGGGGCCGCCUGGCGGUGGUGUUCGUGCCAUGCUUGAGAAGAGCCGAAAGCGCGGCUUCGACACUACCGAUGGUCCUCGAGGAAGUGGUCGUGGUGUGGAAAUGGGUGACCGGUUUCAAAAGAAGGCAAAGAUGUUGGAGCGUAAAGAAAGAGGCAAAAACAGGUAG